GCCUCGCCCGACAGCCACCACAAUCACGGUGAUCGUUCACGAAGUUCGAACUGGAGACGCGUCGGAUAUAACUGUCGAUACGUUUCCAUCGAAUCGAGCGAACCACGAAAUAGUUCAACCGAUUAUUCUGAUAUAUAUAUAUAUAAAUCUUUGUGUGAUAUUAGAGACAUUGUUCAACGACAAGUGUGAUAUCGCGAUAAGCGAAUUCGUUUUUUUGAAUCAGUGCAAGUUCGGUGUGUGAAGAUAUCCCUCGAUCAAUAAAAAAAAGGAUUAAUCAUGCAGAUGCACGAGCAAAUCAUGAUGGUUGAUGGACAGGAGCAACCGAUCUCCAGGACUUAUCAAUACAGAAAGGUGAUGAAACCUAUGUUGGAACGCAAACGUCGGGCAAGAAUCAAUCGAUGCUUGGACGAGCUCAAAGAUUUGAUGGUAACUGCCCUGGCAGGCGACGGUGAGAACGUGGCGAAAUUGGAAAAGGCCGAUAUUCUGGAAUUGACCGUGCGUCAUCUUCACAAACUUCAGAGGCAACAACGGCUCUCCGCGAAUCCUGUGAUCGACGCCGAUCGAUUCAGAGCCGGUUACACUCACUGCGCCAACGAAGUUAGCCGCUGCCUAGCCGCCACUCCCGGUGUGGACGUCGCCUUGGGAACCAAAUUGAUGACCCACUUGGGUCACAAACUGAAUUCCAUGGACAAAACUGGCCCGUUAACGAUCCACGUGGCCGCUCCACAAUCCUCACCGUCUUCGAGCAGCGAGCUCAGUUCGGAUGAAUAUUCGAUGCCCCUCACUCCAGCCUCUAGCCAACCAUCUCCGGUUAGAACGGACAUCGAAGGUAUCUCGCAGAGUCACCAAGGUCUCCUCCAGGUAGCUAAACCAAACGAGCCAAUUUGGAGACCGUGGUAAACGCGAGAACCGAUCUCAACGGGCAAAGCCAUCGUAUACCUCGGUGAAACAGAGUUCUCGAAAUAGCAAUCUCUCGGAGAUAAGAAGACCAAUCGUGGCCAAGAUUUUAGAAAAGGAACCCAUGUGGAGAACUCAUUACCGGUGUUGCAAUUUUGUCUGUGAUUUGAGCGAAUAAUUCGCGCGCCUCUGGGAGCCAGAAAGGAAAGGAAAUCUUGUUUUUCUUCCUAUGAAAAUCCUAUGGGAUACCGAUACGACGAAAAGAAGAUGAUUUUUUGAAACGCCUAUGGAAUGUGCAAAUAUCGAUUCUCGAAGAACCAUAGAAUUAAGAAGAAUGAAGAUGACGAAGAGGAAUAGACUUAAGAUUUUCUAUUUGCUCAAGACACUUGGGAGUGAAAGAACAAGUUAAGGGGGGAUAAUAUUGAAAUAAGUUCUUCUUUCUUUUUUUUUUUUUAUUUUCUAAUGUCGUUCUAUGGAUAUAUUGUAUAUUCAUUGAUUGAAUAAUGUUUUAAGAAAGUUGAAACUAAUAGGAUCUCGAUGUAAUGAUACACCCGCAUAAGCGGUCGAAGCUUUAAUUUACUUGACGGUUAGAAUUUUCUAUUGUUUAUUUCAUACUUUUAUCGAGAAUUUUUUAUUUUGUCCAUUUUGGCGCGAGAAACUUCGUUUUUCGGAUUCGAUAUUUUUCUCUCGUCGAUUGUGGUGUAAUUUCGCGCCUUUAUAUCGAUAUGAGAAAGAUCAUUCAUUCUCGCGCUAAAAUUGUUGUUAUUAUAUACGUAUCUCCUCGGUCAAUUGUAUUAAUUUUUAUAUUUCACGAUCGAUUGAAAAUUUGUAUUCCUAUUGAUAUUAUCAACAGGAAAAAAUGGCCGAGUAGGGAAUAUUGUGAUAGAGAAACGAGUACCUGUGAUAUUUACUGUAAAUGUAGGGAAAUACUAGAUUUUUAAUAAAUAUAUUUCAUUGAUAAAUUUCA